GGCUCGGGCUCCGGCUCCGGCUCCGGCUCCGGCUCCGGCUCCGGCUCCGGCUCCGGCUCCGGCUGCCGCCGCCGUCCCGCCCUCCGCUGAGCUCAGGGGAGCGCUCCGACCGCCCCUGCGUCCCCCGCGAGGGGCCGACCGGGGGGAGGAGGAGGGGGAGGGACCCCAGGCCGCCCGCCCCGCCCCGCCCCGCCCCUGCGCUCACUCCCUCCCGGCGGAGCUGCUCUGGGCCGCGGGAAGUGCGGGCGGCCCUCGGUGACAGCGCCGGGAAGCCGCCGCCAGCAUGGCCUCGACCACCACCUGCACCCGCUUCACCGACGAGUAUCAGCUCUUCGAGGAGCUCGGAAAGGGGGCGUUCUCAGUGGUGAGAAGAUGUAUGAAAAUCCCUACCGGACAAGAAUAUGCUGCCAAAAUUAUCAACACCAAAAAGCUUUCAGCGCGGGAUCAUCAGAAACUGGAAAGGGAGGCUAGAAUCUGCCGUCUCUUGAAGCACCCCAAUAUUGUUCGACUUCACGACAGCAUAUCAGAAGAAGGCUUCCAUUACUUGGUGUUUGAUCUAGUGACUGGAGGUGAGCUGUUUGAAGACAUAGUGGCGAGAGAGUAUUACAGUGAGGCUGAUGCCAGUCAUUGUAUACAGCAGAUUCUAGAGAGUGUAAAUCAUUGUCACCUAAAUGGCAUAGUUCACAGGGACCUGAAGCCUGAGAAUUUGCUUUUAGCUAGCAAAUCCAAGGGAGCAGCUGUGAAACUGGCGGACUUUGGCUUAGCCAUAGAAGUCCAAGGAGACCAGCAGGCAUGGUUUGGUUUUGCUGGCACCCCUGGCUAUCUUUCUCCAGAAGUUCUGCGCAAAGAUCCUUACGGGAAGCCGGUGGACAUGUGGGCGUGUGGCGUCAUCCUCUAUAUCCUGCUGGUGGGUUACCCCCCAUUCUGGGAUGAAGACCAGCACCGACUCUAUCAGCAGAUCAAGGCUGGAGCUUAUGAUUUUCCAUCCCCAGAGUGGGACACGGUGACCCCGGAAGCCAAAGAUCUCAUCAACAAAAUGUUGACCAUCAACCCUGCCAAGCGGAUCACUGCCUCCGAGGCUCUGAAGCACCCCUGGAUCUGUCAACGUUCUACUGUUGCUUCCAUGAUGCACAGACAGGAGACUGUAGAUUGCUUGAAGAAGUUUAAUGCCAGAAGAAAACUAAAGGGUGCCAUCUUGACAACCAUGCUGGCCACAAGGAACUUUUCAGCAGCCAAAAGUCUGUUGAAGAAACCAGAUGGAGUCAAGAAAAGGAAGUCCAGUUCGAGUGUUCAGAUGAUGAUAAACAACAAAGCCAACGUGGUAACCAGCCCCAAAGAAAAUAUUCCUACCCCAGCGCUGGAGCCCCAAACUACUGUAAUCCACAACCCUGAUGGAAACAAGGAGUCAACUGAGAGUUCCAAUACCACCAUUGAGGAUGAAGAUGUGAAAGCACGAAAGCAAGAGAUCAUCAAAGUCACUGAACAGCUCAUUGAAGCCAUCAACAGUGGGGACUUUGAAGCUUACACAAAAAUCUGUGACCCUGGCCUAACGGCUUUCGAGCCUGAAGCUUUGGGGAACCUAGUGGAAGGGAUGGACUUCCAUCGGUUCUACUUUGAAAAUGCUUUAUCCAAAAGUAAUAAGCCCAUCCACACCAUCAUCCUGAACCCCCACGUGCACCUGGUGGGCGAGGACGCCGCCUGCAUCGCCUACAUCCGGCUCACACAGUACAUGGAUGGCAGCGGGAUGCCCAAGACCAUGCAGUCCGAGGAGACGCGCGUGUGGCACCGCCGUGACGGGAAGUGGCAGAACGUUCAUUUCCAUCGCUCGGGGUCGCCCACAGUCCCCAUCAACUAAACGUCAGCAGUGCCACUUCUGCAGUCUCUGUUCUCCGGGCACCAGGGCCGUGCCCCUCGUCUUCAUGCAUGUUUCCGAGUGCAUGAGGCUGUGAAGGUUCUCCACGUGCUGCAUUUGUGACUCAACCCCUUGUCAUCAGCUCUCCUUCCUCCACACUGUUUACACACCAGCCCUGAGGAUUGGCCUCCAAGGCUGAAGUCACUGCAGGCAGACAGGGGAGGGGGCCAGGAGACAGCCCCACCUCAUCCAGUUUCUCCAUUCAUGCCAAGACUCAACAGACUUCAAAAAACAACCUGCUGUUCCCUGAAUGACAGUUUGUAAGAAAAAAAUGUCCUUUUUUUUUUUUUUAAACUCCUUACUGUUCAACUGUUUGGGCUUGUUUAACAAAAAUAAAGGGGGUGGGGGGGCUCCAAUUUCCAGGUAUGGUGCUGGUUUGAAACUGGCAACUAGCACUGAGAACUUUGUUGCCAUUUAAGAAUGUAAGAGGGUCCCAGUGUGGGCGAAAGUCACUGGAUGUGCGUGGAAGCGAGAAUUGGUUCACUUGCUUCCAUCUGAAGUCCUCUCUCUUUUUGGUCAAAGUGGAACUGGAAAAAUUCAUCAUCUGUGAGUUUGAUCACUUUUGAAUACACUCACAGAGUUCGCUGAAUUAGGAGUCUUCUGUUGCUUUCUCAAAUCUCUUUGCUUCUUUUCAUCCUGUUUCUUUGUUCCAGUUGUUUGCUUCCAUUUUGUCUUUUUUUUCUUCUUUCUUUCUCUUUGGGGCGGGUAGGGGCAGAGGAGCAGGAAGAUCUAAGUAAUAUGCGAAGAAAGUGAAGUUUGCAAAAUGACGGCAAAGGAAAAACCAAGACCUUGAAGCAGGUGGCUAAGUCCCACUUGGAGAACCUUCAGGGGCCACCGGAAUGUCCUCUAAAAGAUUCCCAAGGGGUUUUUACCCCACUCGGGCCUUAGUCUGGACACAGGGGCCCUGUAGUGAAAUCCUUUCAACUUCUGAUCAAAGCUAGUCUGUUCCGACUUUACUUCAGCACACCUUGCUAUUGGGGGAGAGUUCCAGGAGGCUCCCCAGUGGAUGGAGAGUCUGAUUUUUGUGCGAAAGUUCUUGGUUUUGGCUGUGGGUUGGGGCACCCCUCCUCAGUGACUGGGUGUUUGUUUGUUUGUUUGUUUGUUUAAAGUCUGGAAAGGCCUGCAAAGCAUUUUCCAUUUUUUCUGAAGCAUUCUAAACUGGAUGCUUUGUGACUUUUUUUUUUUUUUUCAGGAUAACAUCUCCUCCCUGGAGAAGUUAGAAUUUUCCAGUUAGAAAGGAAGGGGCGAAAGGUAAGAAGGAGGGAGGGAGGGAGGGAGGAAAGGAAGAAAGGAAGGAAGGAAGGAAGGAAGGAAGGAAGGAAGGAAGGAAGGGAGGGAAGAAAAGGGAGUUAGUCAGGCAAUGCCCCAGUCACCAUUGUGCUCCUCAGGUGUCUAUUUCUCCAGUCCCUGUGUGGCAUUUUCUCACCCUGAAAUGCUAUGUACUAUGUUCUGCAUGGUCUCCCACCCACAUUCUUUUACCACCAUCCUCAGAAAGCCUAUUUUUAAAACAGAUGCAAAAACAAAACACACACACACACCCCACCUCUCUCUUCUCGUUUCACCUUUCUGUGAUUUCCUGAAUCACCUUAGAUAUUGUUGCUAGUGGAUGUAUGGUAGAUGGAUUGAAGCUUUCCUGAUAAUUAUUACACGAUUCAGAACAAUAUAUAUUUAAAAUAAAUAUAUGCAGUCAAUGUAUUGAGCCAUGUUAACCUGCCAAUGAGAUAUGUGAAAAAAAAAGUAAUGGCCUCAUUUUUCCCUUUAUCAUUUCUUUUAGCUUUUUGUGAAGCAGCUACACGUGGCAUACAAGUACUUUUAAAACACAAGUAGA